AUUGUUAUAUGGUAUAUAAAAGUGAACUUUUGAAUUGUUACUUGAAGUGCUUAAGUUGUUUCAAGAUGGAUUGAUUAUAUGUAAAAUAAACUUGUUAUAAAUAUGUUUUUAAACAGUUUUUAAAAAUCCACCACCUUUUGCGUAACUUCUUAUCUUUUUUCCAUCUCAACAACUAGAGCUGGACUGGCCAUUAUGGAGGAGGAGCUGCAGCAUUCGCACUGUGUGAACUGUGUCAGUCGACGGUGUAUGACCAGACCAGAGCCUGGGGUUUCCUGUGACUUGAUUGGUUGUCCAUUGGUUUGUGGAGCAGUUUUCCAUUCUUGUAAAGCUGAUGAACACCGACUUUUAUGUCCUUUUGAACGAGUGCCUUGUUUAAAUAGUGACUUUGGAUGUCCAUUUACAAUGGCUCGAAAUAAAGUUGCUGAACAUCUAGAGACGUGUCCUGCAAGUGUGGUGUGCUGUACGAUGGAGUGGAACCGAUGGCCAGUUAGUUACGCAGACCGGAAAUCGUAUGAAAAUCUAAGCAGAGAUGUUGAUGAAGUGGCACAAUUAGAUAUGGCCUUGGCCCUUCAAGACCAAAGGAUGCUCUUAGAAUCUCUCAAAGUAGCCACCAUGAUGUCAAAAGCGACUGAUAAAGUAUCAGAACCUAGAGAACAAAUCUCAGUUAAAUCAAGUGUCCCAGAAAUACCACAUGCUAAUGGUUUGGUGUCUGUUGAUGAAGAAUCUUAUGGUGCACUUUAUCAAGCUACUGUAGAAACAACCAGAAGUUUGGCUGCUGCUUUAGAUAUCCUGAAUACUGCCACAAGAGACAUUGGCAUGUUAAGUUCGAGUCUUCGUGCUUCCCCAAAUGAAAUGAAUGAAGAGCAAAAUGCCGGAGAAAGCUUACAGAAUAGAACCUUGAAAGACCAGGACCAUCUUUAUGAGGAUGAGAUGGGAGCAGUAGGUGGAAUUGACCAUAACGACACAAGUCAGAAUGCCCAGUCUGAACAAAAUGGUUCAAGUGAUUUAUUAUGUGACUUGAAUACUAGUUCUUAUGGUACUUCUGCUCUUUGUAAUGGCUUUCCUUUGGAAGAUAUAUGUACACAGGUCAUAGACCAGAAUCAGAAUUUACGUGGUGAUUCAGAACAAAGUAACUUAACAAAUGGAGAAUGUGUAGCAUCAGAUGGCACUUCAAAACCUUCCAGUUCACUUUCAGUAGCAGCACAACUUAGGGAAGUAAUACCAUCUAAUGCUUUGCCAAAUGGCACAGAUGAUGAGGAUGAAGGAGAAUUGUGUUGGAGAAAAGUAGACUUGGAGGACUUACGGAAUGUGGAUGUAUUAUCUUUCAGUCAUCCUCCUCCAUUCAAAUUUCUUUCUAAUUCAUGUUGGUCUAAACCAAAGGAAGAUAAAGCAGUAGAUACGUCAGAUUUGGAAGUUGCAGAAGAUCCAAUGGGCCUCCAAGGAAUAGAUCUAAUCACAGCAGCAUUACUGUUUUGUCUAGGAGAUUCUCCAGGAGGGAGGGGUAUAUCUGAUAGUCGCAUGGUUGAUGUCUGUCACGUGGACUUUGGGACUCAGACGUUUUCACUUCCGUCUGCAAUCUUAGCUACAAAUACAAUGGUUGGGGAAAUAGCUUCAGCUUCAGCUUGUGAUCAUGCCAACCCCCAGCUUUCAAAUCCCAGUCCUUUUCAGACACUUGGGCUGGAUUUAGUAUUGGAAUGUGUCGCUAGGUACCAACCGAAGCAGCGUUCAAUGUUUACAUUUGUUUGUGGACAAUUAUUUAGAAGAAAAGAAUUUUCUUCACAUUUUAAGAACGUGCAUGGUGACAUUCAUGCUGGACUUAAUGGCUGGAUGGAGCAGAGGUGUCCUUUAGCAUAUUAUGGUUGUACCUAUUCUCAGCGUAGAUUUUGUCCGUCAACACAAGGAGCAAAGGUUAUACAUGACCGCCACUUGAGGUCAUUUGGAGUUCAGCCAUGUGUGUCUACAGUAUUAGUAGAGCCUGCUAGAAACUGUGUGUUGGGAUUACAUAGUGACCAUCUAAGUAGUCUUCCUUUUGAGCUCCUACAACAUAUUGCAGGCUUUCUCGAUGGCUUCAGUUUAUGCCAGCUCUCAUGUGUAUCCAGGUUAAUGAGGGAUGUAUGUGGCAGUCUGCUUCAGUCUCGUGGAAUGGUCAUACUGCAGUGGGGGAAAAGGAAGUACCCAGAAGGAAAUUCAUCAUGGCAGAUUAAAGAAAAGGUGUGGCGAUUCAGUACUGCAUUUUGUUCUGUUAAUGAAUGGAAAUUUGCUGACAUCCUAAGCAUGGCUGACCACUUGAAGAAAUGCAGUUACAACAUUGUAGAGAAACGGGAGGAAGCAGUCCCAUUGCCGUGUAUGUGUGUGACACGAGAACUCACUAAAGAAGGACGUUCACUUCGCUCAGUUUUAAAACCUGUACUUUAAAAACUGUAACUCCACUUGCACAUACAUGUGAGCACCUAGUACAAUUUCUUUGUAAUAUGUGACACUUUAUUAAUGUAUUAAAGUUACAACUAGCUAAAUUUAUUGUCACUUUGUAUAUAAUGUUUUGAAGUGACAUAUAUUUUUAUAAAGUACUGUUUAGUUGGGAAAAAGUUGCCUUAAUGUUUGAAAUGUGUGAAAUUUUUGGAACUUGCUGGACAGGGUGAUUUAAUUUUUAGCAACAUAAUUUUCAGAAUUAGUAUUUUUAAUGGUGUGCAUAUUUUGGUUCUUAAAUUUUUUGCUGCUUAAACUAACAAGAUCCUGACCAAGCAAUUUAUUCCUCAUGUUUUCUGUGGGUUGCAACCCAUGCUCAAAAAGCAAAACUUUGAUUCAAACUUUUGCGGCAUAGGUUUUUCAGAUAAAAACAUUCAAUUGCUUAAAUACUGCCAUAAGAUCAUUAUAAAGUUUUUAUUUUCUAGUGCCCCCCUUAUACAAUUGGUACAUGGAUGAUCUCUAAGACAGUCGGCCCUUGGUAUCCAUGGGUUCUGCAUCCGCAGAUUCAACUGGCCGCGGAUGGAAAGGCCUGUGAUGGUUGCAUCUAUACUGAACAUGUAGACUUUUUUUCUUGUCAUUAUUCCUUAAACAAUGCAGUAUAACAACUACUGACAUAGCAUUUACAUUGUAUUAGGUAUUAUAAGUAAUUUAGAGAUGAUUUAAAAUUUACAGGAGGAUGUG